AAGUAAGAGAAAAGAGAAAAAGAAGUAGUAAUGGCUUCCUCUAUGCUCUCCUCCGCCGCUGUGGUUACCUCACCGGCUCAAGCCACCAUGGUUGCUCCAUUCACCGGCUUGAAGUCAUCCGCUGCAUUCCCAGUCACCCGCAAAACCAACACUGAUAUUACUUCCAUUGCAAGCAACGGAGGAAGAGUUAGCUGCAUGAAGGUGUGGCCACCAGUGGGAAAGAAGAAGUUUGAGACUCUAUCUUAUCUUCCCGACCUUACUGACGUCGAAUUGGCUAAGGAAGUUGACUACCUUCUCCGCAACAAGUGGAUUCCUUGUGUUGAAUUCGAGUUGGAGCACGGAUUUGUGUACCGUGAACAUGGAAGCACACCCGGAUACUAUGAUGGGCGUUACUGGACAAUGUGGAAGCUUCCCUUGUUUGGAUGCACUGACUCUGCUCAAGUGUUGAAGGAAGUGCAAGAGUGCAAGAAGGAGUACCCUAAUGCCUUCAUUAGGAUUAUUGGAUUCGACAACAACCGUCAGGUCCAAUGCAUCAGUUUCAUCGCCUACAAACCACCAAGCUUCACCGAUGCUUAAUUUCCUUUCUAAAACACUCAUAUAAUAAUCUAUACUCAUUUCAUUGCCAAUUGCCUGUUUUUAUCCUCUUUGAAUUUCUGUCUGAGACAUUUUCUAUCGGAUUGUCAAAUGUCUGAUUUAUGGAUAUAUAUGUAAUUUCUGCAUCGCUUCUUCUUCUUGGUUACUUUUUGAUGGCUAUUAGGUUUUUAAUUUUUUUCCCCAUAGGAAAACAGACAGCAUAACUUGACAAAACGGUUUAGAUAAAGUUAGUCUAUCUUAUUAAAUCAGAAACAUUAGGUUAGACCUAAUAUUUACUUUGUAAAUUUUUAAAUUAAAUAUACAUUAGAUUUCGAUCUACGCAACCGUGCGGAUUUUUGUUUUCAUUUAUCUUUUAUAAAUAUUUUAUUUUCAGUUCUAAAUUGGUAUAUAUUGUAAUAUAUAUGAAGUGUGUCUAUCAAUUUUUAAGACAUA